AUGUUGAGACUGUUUUGUCGACAUGCUACCUUCAUUCUGAUGUUCUCAAUUGGAAAGAAAGCUGUCAAGAUUGAUACUGGCAAGUACAUUCCUUUCCUGUCGGACGUUCAGGACUAUUAUAAAUCGUCUGGGAUAUUUAUUCUCUACGACGAUGCUUCUGAGAAAUUCGAAGUGCAAAGAAACACCGCCGCAUUCAAUAGGCAUCUAUCUCAGCUGGGCAUACUAUCUCAAGCGCUGCGUUACUCCAAAUUCAGCAACAGGUCCGAUCUGUAUCUCGAGCGCAACGUGCAGUCGUUGUUCGUGGCCUUGUUCACGUCCAGUGCGAAUGUAGACCACUUCAGCGAGGUCAGCGCAAUCCACGACAUGUCUUAUCAUACUUGGCUCAUCAUCUUCACGGAGUUCCUCGGCGACGGCAGAUGCCACGCGUCCGUGGGCAACCCAUUCCACCUGGUGUUCAACACGAGGAUGCUAGUAAUGUGUGACGGCGAGCGUGCCAUCACCAAGUGGUACUCGUUGUUCACCAACAGAACGGAAGUCUUGCAAUUGGCGAGCUGGAGCAGGGAAUCCGGCAUCAGCUACGUGAACAAGAACUACUACGCGAGUCGCUUUGACUUGGCCGGCACGGAGAUUCGCGUCGCCACGCACUCGAGGAAGACGUUGGCAACCAAUGCCAAGAUGACGGGCUACUUCGAGACGAUCCUCGCCGAGCUACAGAACUUCAUGAACUUCAAGGUGGUGCGAGCGCACGAGAGCGACGCCUCCGGACACCUUGACAGUGGGACGGGAAAGUGGUCGGGUUUAGUCGGAUUACUGACCGAGGGACAAGUCGAUCUGGUUGUCGCUCCCAUCACGCUAUCCAAAUUGCGCCUCCGAUACAUCGACUUCACCAUACCGCUGAUCCUGUCGGCCAACAGAAUUUACGUGAAGCAGCCCGCUGGAGCGAUGGUUCAGUGGUCUGCUUACUUCCGCGCCUAUACUGUGGCUUCGUGGCUAUCCAUCGCUGCGAUCUUAAUCGGCAGCUCCUUGCUGGCGGCUUUCAUCAAAAUGAGAACAGUAGGUAAUUUCAACAGCCGACGUCUCUCCUGCAACUAUUUCCUCGAGAAUUUCAUGCAAGUUUGGGGGAUAUUCUGCCAGCAAGGAGCAUCGGAAUUCUCAUCGGUGACGCCGUUACGAUUGGUUUACUUUGCCAUGCUGCUGAUGACGCUGAUACUUUGGGCAAUAUAUUCGGCGUCGAUAACGAGCUACCUUACUUUUCUAUCGCCGAGCUUGCCGUUCUCCGACACCGAUGGAUUCGUUAAAGACGGCUCGUACAAAUUAAUCGUUCUGCAGAACAGCAGUGAUUACCAAAUUAUCAUGUCGGAGACCGAUCCAGUGUUGACAGCGCUCAAGCCACUGUUGAAAAACACCCAAGAACUGCCGACUAACCCUUACGACGGCUUUCAGCAAGUUUGCGAGGAACGCAUUGGUUUUUACGCCAGCGACGCUAUCUUCAAAGGCAUAAGCGGUCACUUACCUUGCACGCUCACCUACAUCGAGACUGGACAGUUUGAAUGUCUGGCUAUGGCGAUGCCCAAGAGGACUCCUUACAUCACUUCGAUCAAUUACAACUUGCGCAAGUUGAAGGACAACGGUAUGCUGAAAAAACUGCACUACUGGUACUUUCGCCAACUAGAUCAAGCCCAAGAAAAUAGUCACUCGCCUAUCGGCAUCUGGGGUAUUGCACCAUUGUUAGCCAUCUUCGCCUCAGGCUUCGUCUUAUCCUUGUUCAUACUGCUCCUAGAGCAAUUCUCUCGUUAGUAUCCUCCAUACGACAUUCAAUGGAAUGAAC